UAGACUUGUAAACUUAGAUCGAUGAGAGUACCAUCAGUACUAUUCUGGGAAAAUUGAAGAUAAGUUUCUUCAAUCCCACAUUCAAAUGGGGAAGGGAAACCUUAUAAUUGCAAGCAGAUGGUUAAUCUUGCAGAAGAUAACCAGCAAUUGCAGAAGGAGAUUUCAAGAAAGUUUGGCUUGUACUACUUUUCCUACAUUUGAUGCAAGAGGUUUCCAUCAAGUUCGUGGUGGCAGCUCAUCAUUGACAGAAGAGCUGGAGGGUAUUCUUAAUCCUGUAGAUCAAGGGAGGGAGAGUAGUACUAACUCUAUGACCUGCAUUUACAAGGUUCCUAGCACCAUGAGUCAGGUGAACAGGAAGGCUUACGAGCCCAACAUUGUGUCCAUCGGUCCUUACCAUCACGGAGUUGAAAGCCUACAAGAAAUGGAGAAGCUUAAGCACACAUACUUUCGGCGCCUCUUUCAACCAAACUACCAUGAUCGGUUGGAUGAUGAAGUAGUGUCGCUGAAGAAGAAGGCGGUAGAUGAUGCGAAGAAGGCAAUGGAGGAAUUGGAGGUGGCGGCUAGGAGCUGCUACUCGGAACAAUCCAAGCUUAGCAGCAAGGCGUUUGUAAAGAUGAUGCUGAUUGAUGGUUGCUUCAUUAUAGGGUUGCUCAGGGACUCAUUGCAGUCCGAUUUUGAGCACACACCCUCCAUCAUUCAAAGGUGGAUGCUUCCAACUCUGCGCCGGGAUUUGAUCAAGCUCGAAAAUCAGCUUCCCCUCUUUGUCUUGCGCAAAUUAUUUCAGCUGACCAAAGCAAGCACUACUUGUCAUGAGAAACCAAUUGCAAUUUGGGAAUUGGAAGCACUAGCCCUUCGCUUCUUUGAGCCGCUACUGCGAGGACAUGAUGUUCUGACCGAAGCAAGCACUACUUGUCAUGAGAAACCAAUUGCAAUUUGCAGCAGCAGCAAGCACUUUCUUGAUCUUUUCCACAGUAAAAUCAGUCCGGACUGCUCCACCUGUACAGUACUUCAAGCGCCGCGGCGAGGCAAGCAAACCAAGCAGAUUCUAUCAGUACAAGAGCUCAAGGAGGCCGGAGUCAAGUUCAGAACAGAUCCCACUCGAGGGCCACUAGACAUCACUUUCGGCCGCGUCGCUUGGAGUUGGGGGAAGGUACUCACAAUCCCUCGAAUACACAUUGAUGAUCACAGAGGCACAUUGUUUCGAAACAUGGUUGCAUUCGAAAAAUGUGACCGCAACUGCCACCAAGAUGUUACAACCUAUUUGUUUUUCCUCGACAGCCUCAUCAACUCGGCCAAGGAUGUAGGGCUCCUGCACUACCACGGAGUCCUGCACCACUCUCUAGGCAGCAACAGGAGGGUGGCAAAACUCGUCAACAACCUUUGCAAGGAGGUUGGUCCGGAUGUUUCCAAGUCCUACUUGUACAAGGUGGUUAGAGAUGUCAAUGAGUACUAUAGUUCCAAGUAUGGAAAAAUAAGAGGCUUCUUGGUACACCACCAUUUUAGUAGCUGGUUGGUGGGCAUCUCUACUCUUGCAGCAUGCUUAGCUCUUUACCUAGCACUCAUUCAGACCGGCUGCACAGUCGCCACUGCCAGAGAAGACUUGCACAAACACACCACAUUUGGAGACUUUCUGAAAGAGUCUUUGCUUUGGCAUCAUAUAUCUAGGUGGGUCAUUUGGAAAUGCCCUGUCAGUGGCAGUACUGAGAAUAACGCCCUUGAUCCUAAUGAUGAAGUACUGUGUAUACUAGUUGACAUAGGAAUCGAAUUUUAAUAACUUAGCUUCAUCAUUUCAUCACUAUGAGGAAUGUAGCUAGCUACUAGCUCUAAUGAAUCCAAACUCGAGUUUGUUUCGUGUGUGUUCAAUCCCAAAUUUCUUUCUUUCUCAUCC